UUAGGGGCUCCGUUGCACUGAUUAUAGACGCAUAGUUAAAACCCGAGGUCCGGAUUAUCCAAGUUGGGGGUGUUGUUGAACACUUAAAGCGGUGUAGCGAGCUGUUUUCUAGGGCCGCGGGGCUUGGCAAACUCUUCCAGCGCGCAGUCUAGGUUUCCAGGAAGCGGCUCGAUACACUAUCUUCCCUCGUGAAGCAGAGAGCCAUUCACAAGCCUCCGAACCACCUUCUAAGUCGACUCAAUUAUCGACUCCGUGCCUCUCGAGUGCAUAGCCGCAAGAGUGUCCGCUCCUCUCCGCGGCACAGCACUUCUCACCUGAAAUCGUCGCAGAGCGCCGCACCGCCUAAGGUGUGACCCUUCUGCUUUAAGGUGACCGUAAAGGAAGACCCUUAAGCCUCGGCCUCGUUCCGCGAUCCCGAACAGCUAUGAGACUUGAACAGAGAGUAGUAUUCGAAUGAAAUUGGUCAGCCGAUAGGCCUCAAAGGUUAACGCGCUUCCCUCUUCUCGCCCAUUCAUAGGGAAAGAAAAGGAGAUCGUACUAGUGGUAAAAAUUGUUGAGAUAAGUUGGGAAGAUGGAGGUUGACAGAAUAGGAGAUCAAUUUCGAGACGUCUGGCCAGACGCGAAGCGCGUUCGGCAAGAGAGGCUGCGCAUUCGGAGAUUAAUCGCCGAGCGAGUCGCGCUGCUGCGGGACCUGGCCAUAGAGGUGAUUCGGAGCCGAUGGCACUACCUCUUAAUCGACUUCCUCCUCGUGGCGCUCGUCGCCGUGCAGCUGUGGCACCACGUGGCGCAAGGCGAUUGGAGCAGCCGGCCACCCGUCGUGGAUCUCGAGGAGAUGAAACUCGAGAGCAGCGCUGACGGGCUCCCGAGUUUCUUCCCCUGGCCUCCCGGCGCCAAUCCCCAGGCUUCCUCUCCCCCGCCGUCCUCGCUAAGAGCAGACUCGUCGGAACUAGAUUCCCGCCUUUCAAAGCCGCAACCAGUGUCGGCAGAUAUUAUCUCGCUAGAAGGGACCCCAGGUUCGCAGCAAUUGCGGGGAAAGCCCGCGCUACAGAUGCAGCCGUUGAUAUUGACUGAUUCUGAGACGCGCCAAUCUGAACCGUCCGAUGAGCCAUCUGCUCAGCAACAGCCGUUGAUCGCUGCUGGAACUGGCCCGUCAGAGAGUGUAACUGCUGGUGUGCUGGAUGCUGACGUGGCAACUGACCUGUACGGCACAAAUGUGAACUCUGACGCUCCAUCUAGGGACGGUGACGUGUCACGAGUCGUAUGGGUUCCACGUUCUCCGGAUCUUCCCCUUUGCUGGGCGUCCGAACUAGCAGCAGCGACAUCAUCCCCGUUAUCAUUGGCUCCGAUAUCUGCUACAGAGCGUGGGGGGCUGUUCGUAUACGGCAGCGGCUGUUCGACCUGCACUGUAGGCGAGACCUGCACUUUCUUCAUCAGCGUCGAACCCCCAGGCGCCACGUGGACGCUCCCUCCCGUUGAUGGCGCCGUGACCAGCGCUAGUAGCAACAACCCUGCUUCUGCUGCUGCCGCUGCUGCAGAGGAAGAAGCAGCUACGACUAGUGCCGCCGAUGCUGCUGUUGCUGAGGAAGCAGCUUCAUCUGCUGAUCGUGCUAGUACCAGUAGUACCACCACCACCACCACCACCGCAACACCAUCAGCGUUCAUCCCUCCGUCGAACUCCAGCGUUCUAAGCUGGUGGAAGAAGGAGAUGUCCCUCUCCCUCACCGGCCCCUCGCUGCUUCACGCCGACCCUGUCUGCGUCGAUCCUCCGGCCUGCACCUCAUUCACUGUGUCCUACCGAGCCUGGGACGCUGGCACGUACUGGUCCUCCCUCCACGUAGGAUGCUCCAACCUCCUCCUCGCCUCUUCCUCCUCCUCCUCCUCCUCCUCCUCCUCCUCCUCCUCCUCCUCCUCCUCCUCCUCCUCCUCCUCCUCCUCCUCCUCCUCCUCCUCCUCCUCCUCCUCCUCCUCCUCCUCCUCCUCCGCCUCCUCCUCCUCCUCCUCCUCUCCCUACGAUGCCACCGUCACGCAUGACGUGGCUUCAUGGAACCUCACAAUCCUCCCAUCACGCACGCCCCCAUCGCACACACCCCCAUCAUCUACACCCGCAGCACCAGAGGCUUCGAAUGUAGCCGCAGCUACCAAUCAAGCAUCUCAUAACGAAGCAGCUACUAGCGAGGAUUUCACCCGCCGGCUGCUGCUCCUGACAACUGCACGGCAGUCGAGCGUGGGGGGGGAAGCAGCGAGCGCAGAGGAGAGGGUGGGGAACGCCACACUUGCUUUCUCACGCGCGCCCCAGGACUCACUCACCCCUCAAGACCCACUCACUCCUGGGCAGUCGAGCGUGGGACGAGGGGAGGCAGCGAGCGCGGAAGAGAGAGUGGGGAACGCCACACUUGGUUUCAAUCCUCAGAUUGACGCGCCCCACGGCUCAGCACUCUUCGAGCGGCUCAGGGGGCAUGUUGGAACCGAGCACGGGCAGCAGCAGCAGCAGCAGCAGCAGCAGCAGCAGCAGCAGCAGCAGCAGCAGCAGCAGCAGCAGCAGUACCAGCAUCAGGAGCAGCACGAGCAGCAGGAGGAGCAGGGGGAGCAGGAGGAGAAAGAGAAGGUUGAGGCGCAAGGGAGGGAAGGGAAUCAUCAAGAGACGCGAGAGAAUGGUCCGUGCACUGGCUCUGUCUUUGGCCGGUGGCUUCAGGGCAGCAGCAGUAGAAACAGUGGCAAAAGUAGCAGGCAUAGCGGCAGCAGCAGUAGCAAUGGCCCCUCUACAGGAGCAACAGAUGGCGCCUGGAGCUGGGUGCCGUUCCCCUGUGCUGCCCCCGAGACCCCUGUCACUGACUGGAUCUCCUCACUCAACGGCCGGGGCAUCAGGGAGAUCUCGAUCGUGGGGGACUCGCACCACCGCGUGCUUGCUGCCCACCUGUUCUACAUGCUGUCGGGCGAGGCCGACCUCGCAAACCGGAAGGGGCGGCACGACUUGGAGUUUGUGGCGCGGAACGAGAGGAACGAGACGCUGAGGAUCAACUUCUACUGGGUCGAUGGGAUCUACACGAACGGGGAGUUCGGAUGCACGCACCGAGGAGCCUUCUCGCAGCACUUCGACUCCUUCCCCAACAUCUCCCUCUCCAGUGACGUCAUCAUCAUCAACAGUGGGUACUGGGCCGGCAAGCGUUGUCUGCAUCCGCUCUCCGCCCUCCGCACUCACCUCCCUGAAUAUCUCUCCUGGGCCAUCUCCCAAGCCUCUGCUGCUGCUGCUUCUGCUGUCUCCCAAGCCUCUGCUGCUUCUGCUGCUGCUUCUGCUGGCUCCCAAGCCUCUGCUGAGAGCGCUGAUUUUGAGCAUGUUUAUUCUGUGUCCGCCAGCAGAGAGGGGGCAUCCACUGACCUCCCUGCCGCCCUCCCUGCUGCAUCCUUGACUGCAUCUCCACCACCGAGCGUGCCCAACCUGAGAGGGAAUCCAGCAGCUGCGGUCAGCAGCCAGUCAAGAGUAGAAGGUACAGGGGAAAGGACCGAGCGCCUGCUUCGCAGUAACACGAGCAGCAGCAGCAGCAGCAGCAGUACUACCACCACCAGUAACAGCAGCAGCAGCACAGGCAAGACAGCCUCAGCCACCAGGCGCCAUGUUCGGCUGAUUGUGCGGUCAGCACCCCCAGUGUCCAACGGUGGUGACAGCUGCAGCAUUGCCAGCCGCAUCUACGAAGGCCCCGCUACCAACCUCUUUCUCUCCACUGCUAAUCGGCUGAUCAAACACAUGGCCGACCAAAUAAACGCGGGCAAUUCUGCUACUGCUGGUGGAGCUGAUGGAGUCGACAAUUCUGUACCCUGUAUUGAGUUCUUUGAUAGCUGGCAAGUGGAGGCUCCGCGGUUCAUGGAUGUGUGUCCGCGCGACCAUCACUAUCAUUGCUACGGGACGAAUGGUCGGGGGAAGGUGGUGAUGAGAGGGGACGUUGGGGAGGCUGUUGUUAGGUCGUUGAUUCAUUACAUCGAGCAUGGGGGGAAGGGAAGGUCAUGAUGGACAAAAAAAACUGCUGGAUGGUGGCCUUUUCUCGGGCCGUAACUGGCCCCAAAUCCCCCAAGAUGGCAAAUAAAUUAUUGGCUAUGUGCAAUACUUAUGUAGAAGUCGUACUAGAGUCGUACCAUGGGGUUUCGGGUUUAGGGUAUCAUCGUUCAUGUCUUAUACGUGUGCUAUAACGUGUCU